AUGGCACCAGGUGGCUUCGCCAGCAUCGCACUAGCGCGCACCCUCUCCUCGCAAUCUGCCUCUCAGCGCACCACGUGCAAACAGCCCAGCUGCAACACCACUGCACCCAGCGACCCCAAGAAAACUCCGGGCGUAGAGCAGCACGGCACCAGACAUGUCAACGUCCAGCGCUCGGCUACAGCUGCAGCGACGAGCACGACGAGCACGCCUAGCGUCCUGGGAACCAGUGGAGAGGCACAGAUCUGGAGUCCCACUAAACCGCUUGAUAGGUCGAUGCAGACCUCUUCUGCACCGUUGAUGACUUCCUUGAGAACCUCGAUCGGGGGGCUGGAGAAUGUGAGAGUCGGUGGCGUUGAGCUUUCGCCCUCGAGGCGAUUUGAGAAUGCGUUGGAUGCAGGGCUGAGGGAGAUGAGGAGGGUGGAAUGUGAGCGGGUUGGGAGGGAGGUUUGGUGGUGA